AUGUCGAAGUCAUCAUCAGAGAUUGUGUGUUUUGGUGAGAUGUUAAUUGAUUUCGUGCCAAACGAAUCGGGUGUAUCACUAGCUGAAUCAGCUGGCUUUCUCAAGGCUCCCGGUGGUGCUCCUGCUAAUGUAGCUUGCGCCAUUACUAAGCUUGGCGGUUCUUCUGCAUUCAUCGGAAAGUUUGGAGAAGAUGAAUUUGGACAUAUGUUGGUUGAUGUGUUGAAAGAGAAUGGAGUGAACAGCGAAGGUGUUUGCUUUGAUAAGGACGCAAGAACAGCACUUGCUUUUGUAACGUUGAAGAAAGAUGGUGAAAGGGAGUUUAUGUUUUACAGAAACCCGAGUGCUGACAUGAUGUUGGAAGAAUCCGAUCUUAACAUGGCUUGA